AUGCUUCGCUCAUGUCUGAGAUACCGGGCGGCGAUAGUUCCGCGUCGAGCCGCACCUUUGAGGUUUAUGUCGGCGAAGAAGGACGAGGGCAAGAAACCCGAGUCUCUUUUGAACGAUGACCUCCUUGCCUCUGCUGGUAUUGAUGUCGAGUCCACAAAGCCCAAGACCGAGGGCAGCCAGGAAGGAUCUCAGGAAGGGUCUGAGGAGAGCCAGGAGGAGACCCGCAAAAAGUGGGCAGAAACGGCCCGCAAAGCCCGUGAGGAGCAGUCUACGAUGGAGAACCGCACACGCCGCAACAACUACUUUUACCUGGUCAGUGGCUUUUCGAUCCUGGCCGCCUUGGGGUACAGUGCUAGGCCUCUCGAUGAGAAUGAGGCCAAACAUAACCCGGAUGUUCCUAAUGACUGGGCCCCUGGCUCUAUUUGGCAGCGUAUCAAGGGUCGCAUCGGUGGCACCUUUGAUUACUUCAACGAUCCUGCCUUUGAGAAGCUGCUCCCGGACCCUCUCCCCGCCCCCUAUGGCCGUCCUAUGACCCUGGUUUUGGCGCUGGACGACUUUCUUGUCAAGUCUGAGUGGACACGUGAGCAUGGCUGGCGUACUGCUAAACGCCCUGGCGUUGAUUACUUCUUAGGCUACCUUGCCCAGUACUACGAGGUGGUUAUUUUCUCGUCCAAAUACCAGGCAUUCGAUCAAGAAAUCAUUCUUAAGCUUGAUCCUUACCGUGCGUCUAUCUCGUACUCGUUGUUCCGCGAAGCUUCUCGUUUCAAGGAUGGCAAGGUUAUCAAGGAUCUGAGCCACUUGAACCGCGAUCUGUCCAAGGUUGUGGUGGUUGAUGUCGACGAGAACGCUGUUUCUCUGCAGCGGGACAAUGCCCUUGUUGUGCCUCCUUGGAAGGGCAACCCCGAUGACCAGGAACUUAUUCGUUUGAUUCCUUUGCUCGAGUGGAUCGGUGCUCAGCCCAUCAAGGAUGUCCGUCCCGUUCUCAAGAGCUACGAGAACAAGGACGUCAUCCGGGAGUUUGAGCGUAGGGACAAGAUCUCGCGCGAGAACUGGAAAAAGACCCACUCUGGCUCGCAGGGCGCCUGGGCAAGCAAAAUGCUUGGUGUCGCUCCAAAGAACCCUGACCUGAUGCCCCAGGACUAUGUGCGUAUCGAGGGCCAGAAAGGUUACCAGCAGUUCCAAAAGUACCUGAAGGAGCAUGGCGACAAGAUGCUCGAGGAGGAGAAGAAGCGUGAAGCCGAGAUCAUGAAGGAACACAAGAUGACUAUCAACAAGUACGUUACUCAGGGUGGUCCUACUCCCGAGGAGUUGGCGGCUACUAUGGCCCGCAAGGAGGCUGAAGCUCAGGCUGCUGCUAGCGCACACUCUCAGCAGAAGUAA